AUGAUCAGCAAGCACAGCCAUGAGCAGAGUGAGCGUGGAGAAGGAGUGGAGGUGGUGCAGAACGAACCCUACGAGGACCCCACACAUGGACAGGGACAGUUCACAGAAAAACGCGUCUACCUCAACAAUAAGCUCCCUAGCUGGGCCAGGGCGGUGGUCCCUAAAAUCUUCUAUGUGACAGAGAAGGCCUGGAACUACUACCCCUACACCAUCACAGGAUUCUUCUCCUGCUGUGAUGCAGAGUACACUUGUUCCUUUCUGCCAAAGUUCUCCAUUCACAUAGAGACCAAGUAUGAGGACAACAAAGGCAGCAAUGACAAUAUCUUUGAUAGCGAGCCCAAAGGGGAGGAGGAGAUAGAGGUGUGCUUAGUGGAUAUCGCCUACGACGAGAUCCCAGAGCGCUACUACAAGGAGUCUGAGGACUUGCGGUACUUUAAAUCAGAGAAGACAGACCGGGGUGUUCUGCAGGAGGGCUGGAUCGACAACCAGGAACCCAUCAUGUGCUCCUACAAACUGGUGACAGUCAAGUUCGAGGUGUGGGGUCUUCAGACACGGGUGGAGCAGUUUGUACACAAGGUUAUCCGUGACGUCCUGCUCCUAGGACACAGACAAGCCUUUGCCUGGGUGGAUGAGUGGAUUGAAAUGACCAUGGACGAGGUGAGAGAGUACGAGCGGGCCACCCAGGAGGCCACCAACCGUAAGAUCGGACCCUUCCUCCCAUCCAUCUCCAUCACCGAGACCCCCCUGGCCUCAGUGGCCCGCAACGGGCCCUCCAGCGCCCCCUCCACCCCCCUCUCCACAGAGCCUCCAGAGUACCUCUCCGUACCCAAGGACCGACCCAGGAAGAAGUCAGCCCCAGAGACCUUGACCCUCCCCGACCCCAAUCGCAGGGACUCAGGCUUCAGGCUGGCUAGCAUCUUCUCCUGGGGCUCAACCCCUAGCCCCCAGCCUGAAUGAGAGGGGGACCCAUAGGUGUGGUAUACACCUAUCUACAUUCAGGGGGUGGCUAUGUACAUCCAUUUUGUCCCCUAGACAACUUAUGUAAAAGGGAGUGUUGUUCACAGACCUCCUGUAACUUGGUGGUGUGGUAAACGCCUCUCCACAGACAGUUGCUGGUAUCACCCUGAAGCCAACCACUGUCACCAACUAACUGUGUCUUGGUCUGCCUUUGCAGAGAGAUAGUCAGUCUGAUCACCACGCAACACUUGGAGAGGAGUCUCAAGGCACACACCAAAUACAUGUACGCGCAAACACACACUCACAAACAUACACACACACACACACACUCACAAACAUACACACACACACCACACACACACCACACACACACACACACACACACACACACACACACACACACACACACACACACACACACACACACACACACACACACACACACACACACACACACACACACACACACACAGAGUGUCUUUUAAAAACCUCUUGAACCUCUCCAUUGGUCCCAUCAAAACACAGCAACCAGCACCAUCUACCAGCCAGAAAGCUCAUGUGGAGGUCAAUUAUAGUCUGAUUUAAUUUAGUUCACAUUCCUCUGAAUACUUUGUGCUUCUCUUCAGUGUCUCAGUCCUCUUUCAUCUCAGUUGAUACUGUAUCUCAGGGUUUGUUACCUAGAUACACAGAGAUCUGAUAAAUAGACUCUUGAAUCAGCACACUCAAUUUCUGCAUAUGGAUAUAAAUGUGUGGGAUGAUCAAACUCAUUUCCUCCUUCUUUCUCAUUGCAGUCAAGCCCUCUUAUUGGUUGGAAAUUGACGCCAUGUAAUUGCAGAUGUAACUAUGUGUUGGUUGUUAUUCAUGGUUUGUUGUAGAGCGCUGUGAACAGUUCGAGUAAAACGGUGGAUUUCAGGAGAGUGUUAUUUUAUCCUGUGUUUUGUUUUGUAAAUAUGUAUAUUUAAGAGUUAUCUAUUGUAAAAAUGCUGAAUUCAUUGAUGUCUUUCAAUGUUAUGGAAUUGCUGUAAUCUCUGUAUUGGAGAGAGAGAAAGAGGUCUGUGUAGAGCUCUAAAGUGGAGGCGUUCUCUUUCUGAAUUCUGUUGGUGUAGUUUUGUUGACCAUGGUGUCCUUUAAGACAUAUAUAAAAAUGCAUGGUUUGAAUAUCCAGCCUCUGCUUGUCUUUUAAACUGGGGAGAAAAUGUACUUUUGAAAUGGCUGUCUUCUAUACGGUAUGGGGCUUUUCCUUUGUUUGUUACAGACUACGGCAGGACAAAACAUGUCUGAUCAAUGUUGUGAUUUGGCUUUUAGGGAUGAUUUAAGUCAUGAAUUUGCAAUCAUGUUGUUGUUGUGUUUUAUAUCAAAUCAAUAAAUUAAAUAUUGCUCAAA